AUGGACUUUUUCGAAAAUAUUGAAACCAAGAGGAACAACUUCUUCACUGCCAUAAAGGACGUCGUGCUUCCACUUCUGGGUGACAAGGAGCGAUUCUAUCAAAACAGGGAGGCGUCAUUUGCCAGUGUGCGACCAUACGAAUCAUUGGAUCCACAGCCUAUAGGCAGACUGACACUGCAGCUUAGGCUUCAAUCCCAACUGAAACCAUACCAGCUUCGAGGGCUGUCGUUUCUAGUGUAUCUCCGAAGCAAUGGCAUUGGUGGAAUUCUCGCAGAUGAGAUGGGUCUAGGAAAGACUAUCCAGACGCUUGCACUCUUCCAGUACAUCAAAAACCACGACAACAUUGUGCGACUUGAUGAGCCUGGUCCGUUCCUAAUUGUCUGUCCAUUCAGUGUGAUGGACACAUGGCUUUCAGAGAUAAGCAAGUGGACACCGGAGCUCACUUCAAUCAGGUUCCACGGAACACCAAGCAAAAAGGAGGCAGUCAAGAAGAUUCUGACUCCUACCAGAGCUAAAAACUGUAAGAGUUCGACAUAUGCGGUGGACAUUGUUAUAACAUCUUAUGAAACCUUGACCUCAGAUAUCAGAUGGUUCCGAAAGCUCGUAUGGAAUUAUGUUGUUCUUGAUGAGGGUCAUCGCAUCAAGAAUGAUCACUCGCAGAGGGCACAGGCAAUUCAACGAGUAAAGGCCGAGUACAAACUCGUUCUCACGGGGAACCCAGUACAAAACAAUUUGAGGGAGUUGUGGUCAAUAUUUCACUGGCUUUUCCCAGAUAUUUUCGUCCCAUGUACAUCAGAGCCUUUUGAAGAGGCUUUUUCGCUUGGUGACGGGAAAUUCGAUCCCAAAUUCUUUGAGCAAGUCCAAGGAUUUCUCAGCCUGAUCAUGCUACGCAGGGUUAAGGAAUCCCCCGAAAUAGGGCUCUCAGUUCCUCAGAAGACAGAGACUGCGCUAUCAGUACCUCUGUCAGAGUUCCAACGUUCCUUGUAUUUGAGAAUACUUACCGGCAUAGAAAAUUCUAUGCUGGGAGGACACGGCGGCAUUUCAUUCGAGCGGAAGCAUCUAAUGGCUACAGACCAACAGUCUAAAAAGAGAAAAUACAGGAUAUUGAGCAAUAUUUUAAUGGAGCUGCGCAAGUGUUCAAUUCAUCCGUAUUUGUUGGAUGAUGCGAUUCCGGACCCUUACGAACUCGGAGCACAUGUUAUCACAAACUCUGGAAAAUACAUUGUGCUCCUUAAAAUGGUUCAUUAUUUUGUGCUAGAGAGAGGGAAGAAAAUAAUUAUAUUUUCGAACUUCAAUCAGGCUUUGAAUCUUUGUGAGGAUCUUUUGUUGACUAUCCAGAAGAACGUCGAUACUGUAAGAUAUGUUCGUUUAGACGGAAGCACAUCUAACGCACGACGGAACCUCUCGAUUUACCUCUUCCAGAAUGAUCCUAGGUACAUGGUCUUUCUGAUUUCGAUAAGGGCCGGUGGCGAAGGUCUCAAUUUAGUUAGUUCCUCAACGGUUAUCUUCUUGGAUGAAGACUGGAACCCACAAGUUAUGCGACAGGCUGAAGCGAGAGUCCACCGAAUUGGACAGAAACACCCGGUUAAUAUCUUUAAGCUCCAGUCAAAAGGUACUGUGGAAGAACAAAUCAGCCGUCGCAUUGUCAAGAAAGCAUAUGUUGCCACCAAAGUCAUGGAAGAUAUGACUGCGGCACAUGAUAUGAAAGCGUUCGCAAAUAUGAUUGAUUCUCGGGGACUAGCCUACGCAAUGGAUACGGAAGACUUGUCCGCAUUGGUCUGCAGUCGAGCAGUUUUGGCGUCUAACCAAUUGAGUGCAACGGAUUUGAGCUGGUUUAACUGGGAAACGAUCUUCAAGGCUUGGCUCGCGUGCACAGAGCGGGUUAAAACCAAUAUCUUCGACGGGAAAAAGGUCGACACAAGAUUCAGAUCAUCUUCUAUGUAUGAAUCUUUGCCUAAGGAUCUCUGUCGAGCGGAUAGACGCAUUGGAAAGGAGAGGACGAUGAUCGACGGAUUCUCAGUAGGAAAGGACAGUAUCCGACUCGAGACCCUUUCCAGUAAGAGAGAAUGUUCAAAUCUGCCACAGACGGACUCGAAGAAAAUGACGCGCGAAGCUGCUAAAGUUGUUCCAGACAUGUUUUUUCUGCCGGAAGUUCAACCCUCAGGAGUGCGAUUUAUGUCCACUGGCAUUCCACAAAAAGCGUCUCGAGUCGAUAGGCAAAAUGCGCCGUGGCGGAAAGAGACUUUUAUGCCCCCGUCACUAUUGUUCGCAAUGCGAGAAAACAAGUAG